GGGCGCCCUUGUUUACAGCUUGACGGCCAGCCCCGCCGCAGAGGGCCACGGCGCCCACAGCAUGUCGGGAAAGAAGCCCAAGGCGCUGCCCAGCUUGUGGGGGGUUGCGCUGGGCGCCCUGCUAGGCGCUCUGGUCACCACGGCGCUUUUCACGGAGCAGGGCAGGAUGCUGUUCCCUGGACUUGCCAGCCUGCACACGCCGAGCGCAGCAGCACAGCCAGCAGCAGCCGUUCGAGUGAAGGCCCCCAACCCGUGCCCCGCCGCGCCGCCGCCCACGCUGCCCAACAUGCGGGACCAGCUGCCCUGGGAGCCGUACCUGACAGACGAGGAGGUGCAGCGGGCGGAGGGCUAUUACGGCACCGCGGCCCGCCUGCGCCGCGUGGCCGCCAAGCUGCUGGCGGGGGAGCCCAUCCAGGUGUUCACUCUGGGUGGCAGCGUGACGCGCGGGCUGGGCGCCAGCGCCCCCGAGCGCAACUACGCCAACCGCUUCUUCCAGCUCAUCAACGCAUCCUUCCCGCACGCCGGCCACGUGUUUGCCAACAAGGGCAUCGGCGGCACCAGCAGCGGCGUGUUCACUGCGUGCGCGGAGCAGAUGGUGCCGCCCAGCGCCGACCUGGUGGUUGUGGAGUUCACGUACAAUGAGCCCGAGGACGACCCCUUCGACUCGCCCGCGCGCCGCGGCUUCGAGGAGCUGCUGCGCAAGCUGCUCAAGCUGCGCGGCGCGCCCGCUGUCGUCAUGCUGCACCACUACGCCUGGUGGUUCACCUACGGCGACGGCCUGGACGCGGGGCUGUACUACCGCGCCGGAGAGGCGCAGCUGCAGGUCUUCGCAAACUACUACGACAUGCCCGCUGUGUCCAUGCGCAACGUGCUGUGGCCGCUGAUGAACGCGGGGGUGGAGGGGUUCAAGCUGCCCCCAGCCCGACAAGGUGAACAACGGGGGCGAGGGGCACGUGUCGCCGCUGGACAUCCCCAUCCCCGGGGCGCAGGCGGGGGAGGAGGAGGAUUACUACUACCACGACAGGACGCACCCGUCUGACCGCGGGCACGCGAUGAUGGCUGAGGCGCUGGCGGGGCCGCUGGGGCGCGCGGUGGCGCAGGAGGCAGCGGCGGCGGCGGGCGGCCGCGCGUUCAGCCGGCGCCGGGAUGCGCGCAUGGAGGGCGAGGACUUCCGUCCCAUGGUGGUCCGCUCCAGCGGGUUUGAGUGGCGUGCGGAGCGGCCGCAGGCGCCCAGCUUUGUGGAGCAGAAGUGGGGGUGGACGGGGGUGGAGGCGGGGGCGUGGGCGGAGCUGGAGCUGGACACGCGGGCAGACGGCAAGGGCAUACGGGUGGACAAGGAGGGGAAGAAGCUGAAGGCCAACAUCUGGCUCAGCUACCUGCGCAGCUACCAGCACAUGGGCGUGGCGCGGGUGCGGUGCCGGUCUGGGUGCCGCUGCGAGGACACCACCAUCGACGCCACCUGGGAGCAGCAGGUCUCGCUGCAGCAGAUCCACAUGUUCAGGGUGUCGCAGCACGCAAAGUGCGUGAUCCGGGUGACGAUUGUAGAUGAGGAGGGGGAGGCCAAGUCGGAUGGGCACAAGAUCCAGCUCAUGGCUGUGAUGGUGACCCAGUUCCCCAUCCGCCUGUCGGUGUACGCACAGCAAGUGGAGGACGUGGCGGCACACAAGGUCAGCAGCGGCGGCGGGCAGGAGGGCGACAGAUGA